UAAUCGGCCAAAAGCCUCGUAUGUGACGCCAUCAAUCGCGAAGAAAACAAAAUUGGCGUACACUUGCGUUUCGUGUCUUUUACUUGUGAGUAAUAAACUGGAAACGUGGAACGAGACAGUUGAGUGAGCAGACUUUUAAAAAAGCAUCAUGUCACUCAGAGGCAGAAGAGAAAAAGAAAAAGCUGAUGUUUACUGGAACAUCUCAAUGGAUGUGAAACAGGAGAGCUGUGAUGUGGACACAAAUAUCGAUAUUAAGGAGGAGGACUGCGAGUUGGAGUCCAUCUACAUUAAACAGGAAAGUCUGAGCAUUAAGGAGGAGAACAGUGAACUGCAGGCAGUGGGCAUUAAAGAAGAAGCUGAAGAGAAGUCUGUCAGUAUUGAGACACACAACCAUACAAAUCUGGACAGUGUAAAAGAAGACAACCUUCAUGAUGGAUGUCAAGAUGGAGUGGUGACCAGGUUAGACUCUUCUCAAAGCAGACAAUGUUCAUCUCCAGAGCCUUCUGUCAAUGUGAAAACUGAAUCAUUACAGACUAAACCAAAGAAGUCUGAGCAAACUACAUCUGUUAGAGCUCAGGAAAAUCGGCCACCAUCUACAAAGAAGUCUGGAAAAAGAAUCAAAGAUCAGUGCAGUUUGGAAUCUGGAAAAGAAUUCUCUGGCAGGAGUGCUGUUCAGAUCAACACUGGAGUUCACACAGGAGAGAAGCCAUAUUGCUGUACUGAAUGUGGUAAACAGUUGUCAUGUAUAAGCAGUCUGAAGAUCCACACUAGAGUUCACACGGGAGAGAAGCCAUAUUGCUGUAAUGAAUGUGGUAAACAGUUUUCAUAUAUAAACAGUCUGAAGAUCCACACUAGAGUUCACACGGGAGAGAAGCCGUAUUGCUGUAAUGAAUGUGGUAAACAGUUUUCAAGAAUGAGCCAUCUUCAGAGACACACUAGAAUUCACACUGGAGAGAAGCCAUAUUGCUGUACUGAAUGUGGUAAACAGUUUUCAUAUAUGAAAUAUCUUCAGAGACACACUAGAGUUCACACGGGAGAGAAGCCAUAUUGCUGUACUGAAUGUGGUAAACAUUUUUCACAGAUGGGCCAACUUCAAAUACACACUAGAAUUCACACGGGAGAGAAGCCGUAUUGCUGUAAUGAAUGCGGUAAACAUUUUUCACAUAUAAACAGUCUGAAGAACCACACUAGAGUUCACACCGGAGAGAAGCCAUAUUGCUGUAAUGAAUGUGGUAAACAUUUUUCACAGAUGGGCCAACUUCAAAUACACACUAGAGUUCACACGGGAGAGAAGCCAUAUUACUGUAAUGAAUGUGGUAAACAGUUUUCUCAAAUGAUUAGUCUACAUAAACACACUAGAGUUCACACGGGAGAGAAGCCAUAUUGCUGUAAUGAAUGUGGUAAACAGUUUUCAGUAAUGGGCCAACUUCAGAGACACACUAGAGUUCACACCGGAGAGAAGCCGUAUUGCUGUAAUGAAUGUGGUAAACAGUUUUCAUAUAUAAACAGUCUGAAGAUCCACACUAGAGUUCACACUAGAGAGAAGCCGUAUUGCUGUAAUGAAUGUGGUAAACAGUUUUCAGAUAUAAGCAGUCUGAAGGUCCACACUAGAGUUCACGCGGGAGUGAAGCCAUAUUGCUGUAAUGAAUGUGGCAAACAGUUUUCAUAUAUCAGCAGUCUGAAGAUCCACACUAGAGUUCACACCGGAGAGAAGCCGUAUUGCUGUAAAGAAUGUGGUAAACAGUUUUCAGAUAUAAGCAGUCUGAAGGCCCACACUAGAGUUCACGCGGGAGUGAAGCCAUAUUUCUGUAAUGAAUGUGGUAAACAGUUUUCACAUAUGAGCAAUCUUCAGAAUCACACUAGAGUUCACACGGGAGUGAAGCCAUAUUGCUGUACUGAAUGUGGUAAACAGUUUUCACGUAUGUCCAGUCUGAAGAACCACAUUAGAGUUCACACCGGAGAGAAGCCGUAUUGCUGUAAUGAAUGUGGUAAACAGUUUUCACAAAUGAUCAAUCUGACGAUCCACACUAGAGUUCACACAGGAGAGAAGCCAUGUUGCUGUAAUGAAUGUGGUAAACAGUUUUCACAAAUGGGCCAUCUUCAGAUACACACUAGAGUUCACACUGGAGAGAAGCCAUAUUGCUGUACUGAAUGUGGUAAACAGUUUUUACGUAUGUCCAGUCUGAAGAACCACAUUAGAGUUCACACCGGAGAGAAGCCGUAUUGCUGUAAUGAAUGUGGUAAACAGUUUUCACAAAUGAUCAAUCUGAAGAUCCACACUAGAGUUCACACAGGAGAGAAGCCAUGUUGCUGUAAUGAAUGUGGUAAACAAUUUUCACAAAUGGGCCAUCUUCAGAUACACACUAGAGUUCACACUGGAGAGAAGCCAUAUUGCUGUACUGAAUGUGGUAAACAGUUUUUACGUAUGUCCACUUUGAUCAACCACAGUAGAGUUCACACCGGAGAGAAGCCGUAUUGCUGUAAUGAAUGUGGUAAACAGUUUUCACAAAUGAUCCAUCUGAAGAUACACACCAGACUUCACACAGGAGAGAAGCCAUAUUGCUGUAAUGAAUGUGGUAAACAGUUUUCACAAAUAGGCCAUCUUCAGAUACACACUAGAGUUCACACUGGAGAGAAGCCAUAUUGCUGUACUGAAUGUGGUAAACAGUUUUCACAUAUGAACAGUCUGAAGAACCACACUAGAGUUCACACCAGAGAGAAGCCGUAUUGCUGUAAUGAAUGUGGUAAACAGUUUUCACGAAUGGGCCAACUUCAAAUACACACUAGAGUUCACACGAGAGAAAAGCCAUAUUGCUGUACUGAAUGUGGUAAACAGUUUUCAAAUAUGAACAGUCUGAAGAACCACACUAGAGUUCACACGGGAGAGAAGCCAUAUUGCUGUAAUGAAUGUGGUAAACAAUUUUCAUAUAUGAACAGUCUGAAGAACCACACUAGAGUUCACACUGGAGAGAAGCCGUAUUGCUGUAAUGAAUGUGGUAAACAGUUUUCACGUAUAAGCAGUCUGAAGUACCACACCAGCGUUCACAUGGGAAAGAAGCCGUAUUGCUGUAAUGAAUGUGGUAAACAGUUUUCACAAAUGAUCAGUCUUCAGAGACACACUAGAGUUCACACGGGAGAGAAGCCAUAUUGCUGUAAUGAAUGUGGUAAACAGUUUUCACAUAUAAGCAGUCUGAAGGACCACACUAGACUUCACACUGGAGAGAAGCCGUAUUGCUGUAAUGAAUGUGGUAAACUUUUUUCACAUUUAAACAGUCUGAAGGACCACACUAGACUUCACACUGGAGAGAAGCCAUAUUGCUGUAAUGAAUGUGGUAAACAGUUUUCAAGAAUGGGCCAUCUUCAGAAACACACUAGAGUUCACACCGGAGAGAAGCCAUAUUGCUGUAAUGAAUGUGGUAAAGAGUUUUCACAUGUAAACAGUCUGAAUGUCCAUACUAGAGUUCACACGGGAGAGAAGCCAUAUUGCUGUAAUGAAUGUGGUAAACAGUUUUCACGUAUAAACCGUCUGAAUGAUCACACUAGAGUUCACACGGGAGAAAAGCCGUAUUGCUGUAAUGAAUGUGGUAAACAGUUUUCACAAAUGGGCCAUCUUCAGAGACACACUAGAGUUCACACCGGAGAGAAGCCAUAUUGCUGUAAUGAAUGUGGUAAACAGUUUUCACAAAUGAUCAAUCUUCUGACACACACUAGAGUUCACACGGGAGAGAAGCCAUAUUGCUGUAAUGAAUGUGGUAAACAGUUUUCACAUAUAAACAGUCUUCAGAAACACACUAGUGUUCACAUGAGAGAGAAGCCAUAUUGCUGUAAUGAAUGUGGUAAACAGUUUUCACAUAUAAACAGUCUGAAUGUCCACACUAGAGUUCACACCGGUGAGAAGCUGUAUUGCUGUAAUGAAUGUGGUAAACAGUUUUCACGAAUGAGCAAUCUUCAGAGACACACAAGAGUUCACACCGGUGAGAAGCCAUAUUGCUGUACUGAAUGUGGUAAACAGUUUUCACACAUAAGCAGUCUAAAUGACCACACUAGAGUUCACACAGGAGAGAAGCCGUAUUGCUGCAAUGAAUGUGGUAAACAGUUUUCACAAAUGAGCCAUCUCCAGAGACACACUAGAGUUCACACCGGAGAGAAGCCAUAUUGCUGUACUGAAUGUGGUAAACCAUUUUCAGAAAAAUGCAAUCUUCACAAACACAGUAGAGUUCACACUGGAGAGAAACCAUAUUGCUGUAAUGAAUGUGGUAAACUGUUUUCUGAGAUGGGCAGUCUUCAGAGACACACUAGAGUUCACAAUAGAAUAUAAAGGGUAGCAGUUCAUAAAUCAGUCCAGAAAAACAAGCACCCUUCAGGUCUCAAGAGUGAGGUUCACUUCUGUCUUGAAAAGUAAGCAAACUAAACUAUUGUUGACAAAUUAAUCUCUGAGAGAAGCCAUAUUGCUGUUU